CCACAGUACCUGAACGGAGCACGAACACGCUGCACUUCCCUGUUCCUGUUCCUGCUCCUCCCAGCUCAAAGAUGGCAGCCAUGGGACAGAGACGAGAGACGACACGAAUUUAGGAGUUUUGUCCUGAAACCUCAUUGAGGUGUACGGCUGUUACAUGCGUGGUUUUAACAUGACAGCGAUAUAAUUCUUCUCUGCCAAUUGGUCGUUAUACAAAGACAGGUAAAGGUUUCAGGGAUAUCAUGUUUUCCUGUGGGCUAAGCUAGCAAGCAACGAUUAGCAAAUAAAUGAACUUGCCUCUUCUACCAUUCAAGAAGAAACCAGCUGCUCUGUACACGGUGUAUUGACAUAUUGCAAGUUCAAUUUCAUCAUGGCCAUCACUCAGUUCCGUCUCUUCAAGAUCUGCACAUGUCUAGCCAGCUUCCUUUCUUUCUUCAAAAGGUUAAUAUGCAGGAGUGGAAGAGGCCGCAAGCUCAGUGGUGAUCAAAUAACCCUCCCGACAACCGUGGACUUUUCAUCAUCCGUACCAAAACAGCCCGAGAUUGAAGAAUGGAGCUCCUGGGAUGAAGACGGCCCUACAAGCAUUAAGAUCGAAGGUGGCAACGGAAACGUUUCACCUACAGCCAACGACAUGGACCAAGAGCCCGACUACUUCAAAGACAUGGCUCCCACCAUCAGGAAAACACAGAAG